GGCUUUAGAGGUACCAUUUUACCAUUGACCACCUGAAAUGAAUCAAUUCAAGGCUCUCCAGCUCCUCUUCGGUCAUCCCCCAUUAUUAUAAGAACACCAAACCAAAACGAAAACCAUCUCCCCACCACCUACUCCACCUCCAUCUGAACUUCCAUCACCAUCAUCCCAUUCCUUCGCCUUCACCCUGUACUAGUUCAAGAGAAGAGUGAAAGAGAAAGGGGAGAGGUGGGUUUCAGACAAUCAAGCAGUAUUAUUCGUCUUCAUUCCAAUGGGAGCUCGCUGCUCUAAAUUAGGCUUUUGCUGGUGGCCUUCCAACCUGAAAUCCAACGUCCCUUAUUCCUCUGAUCUUGAGAAAUGUGGAGAAAAUGAGAGGAUCAAAUUACCAGCAUUUAAAGAAUACAGUUUGGACGAGCUGAAGGUGGCGACUUCAGGAUUCUCAGUUGAAAACAUUGUAUCAGAACAUGGAGAGAAAGCUCCCAACGUUGUCUACAAAGGGCAGCUUGAAGAUGACGGCUCUUGGAUUGCUGUCAAACGUUUCAAUAAGUCUGCCUGGCCGGAUUCUCGGCAAUUCCUGGAGGAGGCGAAGGCAGUAGGGCAGUUGAGGAGUGAGAGGCUGGCCAAUUUGAUAGGGUGUUGUUGUGAUGGAAAUGAGAGGUUGCUGGUGGCCGAAUUCAUGCCUCAUGAAACUCUAUCCAAACACUUAUUUCAUUGGGAAACCCAACCGUUGAAAUGGGCAAUGAGGUUGAGAGUUGCUUUGCAUCUGGCGGAAGCAUUAGAUUAUUGCAGUAGCAAAGGGCGAGCACUAUACCAUGACCUUAAUGCCUAUAGAAUCUUAUUUGAUCAAGAUGCUAACCCCAGGCUUUCUUGCUUUGGCCUGAUGAAGAACAGCAGGGAUGGAAAGAGCUACAGCACAAACUUGGCUUUCACUCCUCCAGAGUAUUUAAGGACAGGUAGAGUUACAGCUGAGAGUGUAGUUUACAGUUUUGGCACACUAUUGCUUGAUCUCCUCAGCGGCAAACAUAUUCCUCCAAGCCAUGCUCUUGACUUGAUUCGUGGGAAGAACAUACAGAUGCUAAUGGACUCUUGUCUGGAGGGUCAUUUCUCAAAUGAUGAUGGGGCAGAGUUAGUACGAAUAGCUUCACGUUGUUUACAGUAUGAACCUCGUGACCGGCCGAAUGCUAAGUCUCUUGUGACCUCUCUCGCUCCACUUCAAAAGGAGAUAGAUGUGCCAUCACAUAUUUUGCUAGGAAUCACUCAUGAAACUUCAUCUCCAGUCCAAACAUCAAAAUUAUCACCUCUUGGCGAGGCUUGCUCACGAGUAGAUCUGACUGCCAUGCAUGAGUUACUGGAGAAAGUUGGAUACAAGGAUGAUGAGGGGGUUGCAAAUGAGCUCUCAUUUCAGCUGUGGACUAGCCAAAUACAGGAAACCCUGAACUCUAGAAAGCGUGGCGACAACGCAUUUCGAGCUAAAGACUUUGCAACUGCCAUUAGUUGUUAUACAGAUUUCAUCGAGGGCGGGAAUAUGGUAUCCCCAACAGUCCUUGCCCGGCGCUGUUUGUGUUACUUGAUGAACAACAGGCCACAAGAAGCCCUUGCAGAUGCUAUGCAGGCCCAAGUAACAUCCCCUGAUUGGCCUACUGCUUUUUAUCUUCAAGCGGCUGCCCUCUUUAGCCUGGGAAUGAACAGCGACGCACAAGAGACGCUUAAAGAUGGCUCGUCUAUGGAAAACAGAAGAUGAAGUGGAUUUGGCAAAAUGUAUAGAUUAAUUAGGCUUUGCCUUAUAAAUGCUCCUUGUAUCUAGGUUUUGCAAUUUAGAAAUGCCGUUUGGCUGGUUGUUUGCAGCAUAAAAAAGCUGGUUGCAAGACAAGAUUCAUUCAACACCGAGUGACUAUUAUUUUCUGUGUUUACUUGCUGACUGGGAAGAACGUCUUAUGUUUGCCUUUGUUGCCAA